AUGGUCGCCAUCACAGAUGAUAUUUUUGCCUCUCGAUUUGCCAUUCUGCAAGACCUGUUCAGCGACAGUAUAUCUGCACAGAAAGCCGCUGAAUAUUUGGCCUCAAUCUCAUUGGCAGACGAUUCAGAUCCCGAGGGAGGAAUUACCAGCCUAUGGAGCUUGAUAUUCAAGUGUGCAUACGAUUUUCCCGAGCACCAUGUUAAACUUGUCACCGUGCUAGUUCAACUCUCAAAACUCCCGAAUGCGAAAACAUCAAACGGAGACUCCAUUUUACUCCAUGAUAUGCAAGUCUGGAAAGACCUACCAAUGCUUGGCUGGCAAUUCCGCGACGAAUGGAAUGCAACCGUACCUGCUGGACCUCCCGACUCUCGGCGAAACGCAAUCUCGCGAAUUAUCAACCGAGAUAAAUUCACCGCACGUUUGAUGGCGACAAAGAAACCUGUCUUUGCAUACUCCUGGUUUGCAUUGAUUACCCUGCGCGAGGCACUGGAAAAACCAGCAGAUCAAUCCUCUGCGAGGAAUCUAGAAGCAUUGAUUCCUGCUGCUGCUACGUGGAUCAGUAUUCUGGGGGCAGAUAUUUAUCAGUGGAAUGAAGGGUUUGAUGGCGCUCUCGGGAAAGGAGGCCCACUUUGGAAGGGUCAACAUGGGUUUUGUAAGGAGAGGUGGCUGUUUUGGAAGGAGAGAUUUGGGGAAUUGGCUGUAACAGAAGUUGAGAUUGGAGACGAAGUGAGAACGGCAGCAAGGGACGCAAAGCGGUCGAUGGAGGAGAUUGAGAGUGAGGCGUAA